AUGUCUUGUCAGCGACUACUGUAUUUUGCAUUUAUUGUUUUUGGAAUUGUUUUGGCGGAUGGAGAAGGUGAGAACGAUGCUCCGCGAUGACGUGGCGAUGGAAAUUGGGUUAUUAUGUGGCAAAGAUUAUUUUCUUUUGAAAAAAAGAAUUUUUUCUAACAGUUUUUGAAGCAAUUUUGAAAUAAACUUUCUGAAUGAGAGAAUCCACGUGAAAAUUUGAAGAUUUAAAAAAUUUUCUUUUUAACCUUUACUUUUCGAAGUUUCAAAUUUCUACGUGGAUUUUUCGCGCCAAAAUUUUUAAAUCUUCAAGUUUCCACGAGGAUUUUCGCAUUCAAGAAAUUUAAAAUUUACUCAAAAACUGAAUUUUUUCAAAAACAUUUUGGCGCCAAUAAUCCACGUGGAAACUUGAAGAUUUAAAAAUUUUGGCAGCAAAAAAAACGAUGUGAAAAUUUGACAAAAUUAUUUAAAAAGUUAAAAUUUUCUCAAUUUUUGAAAUUCUAGAACUUAACAGCAAUCUAAGCCCGAAAAAAAUCCCAUGAAUUUUUCAGUCGCAGGAAACUCUACAACAGUUGCUCCUCCCUUGAAUCUCACAACUUCUCCACAUCAACAAGAACUUCAAAAAGAUGCGCCCACAACAACUUCAACAACUCAUGAACCCGAUCUUGGACUUCAUGGAAUCAUUGAGCAACAAUUGAAUUUGAAAUUCUAUAAUUUUAUCUGCUCCAAACAUUAUCAUUUGGAUUGCAAGGUUUAUUGAUAUAUAUUUCUAGAAAUUUCCAGAAAUUCUGAUUUUUUUCAGAUCACUGAAACUCUUCAAGUUUGUCAAAAAGGCGAUUAUGUGGCAGUUCUUGGAUUGCCUUUGAGAUUUGCCGCCGGAUCGGAAGAGGUUAAAAAAUUGAAUAAAUGGAUCAAAACUUGCGAUCGAAAUGAUCAAGAAUUGAAUCGGGAAACGAUGAAAAUUAUUCGAAAACAGAUUCGAAUUCAAAAUGAUAAUGAUUGGUGAGAACUUUUUUAGAUUUCUGGGAAAUUUGGGAUUUUUUUUCAGGAACAAUGUUUUCAACAGUUCAUCUACUUUGAGAUAUUUCUGGAUUGUUGUUGGAUUUUCAAUGUUUUUAUUUAUUUGA